AUGUCGGAACCACAAAAGAUCUCGGUCCUCUUCGUCUGUCUAGGGAAUAUCUGCCGGUCAACCAUGGCCGAGGGAGUGUUCCAGUCUGUGGCGCGGAAGGAGCCGUAUAGGGGUCUUGUGGACCGGAUUGAUUCGUGCGGAACGGCGGCUUACCACGUCGGUGACACGCCCGAUCACCGGACGAUGCUCACCCUCGAAUCCAAUGGUAUCAAGAACUACCGCCAUCGAGGUCGCCAGCUCACCAAAUCCGACUUUGACGAAUUCGACUACAUCUUCGCCAUGGACCGUUCCAACCUCGCCGACAUCCAAAACGUCCAGCGGUCCAAGCAAGGAUCCAAGGCUAAAGUGAUGCUUUGGGGUGAGUACGCCGGCAACGGCGGGCAAGGGAGGAAGACGACGGUGGAGAUUGUGGAGGAUCCUUAUUAUGGGGGUCGGGAAGGGUUUAAGGUUGUUUAUGAGCAGUGUACGAGGUUUACGGGGAAUUUUUUGAGGGAGGUGUUUCCGGACGUGAAGAGUGAGCUGUGA